AACCACAUGUGCGCCAGAUUGCAUCACACGGAUCUCACCACACCGCCGACUACAGUGUUUAUCUGCAUCACAUAUGUGACGUCUCUUUCUUCUUCAUUCAAAGGGAUGGCUUCUCUCUAUGUCUCCCCCCACCCUGACGACUUCAGGAGCCUCCUGGCUCUGAUUGCAGCAGAGUUCUGCCCCUCUCCGCCCCGCGCUCUUACAGAUGAGCCGCCAGCUUCCCUAGCCCUUCACUCUUGCCCCAGUUUGGUGCUAGGUGAUGGGGGAAGUGAGGUCCUCUCUGGAGCCAGUGCUGUUGGAUGGUACCUGGCCUCUCAGGGCAAGAGGACAGGGUUGGAUACUAAGCAGCAGAGCCAGGUGUGGCAAUGGCUCAGCUUUGCUGACAAUGAGUUAACUCCUGUGGCCUGUGCUGUGGUUUUCCCCCUGCUGGGGGUGCUGGGAGUGGACAAGAAGCUUCAGCAGAGUUCUCACGCUGAGAUGAUUCGCAUUCUCAAAGUUCUAGAUAAGAACCUGGAACCUAAAACCUUCCUGGUGGGAGAGAGCCUCACUCUGGCUGACAUCGCUAUGACAACUGCUGCACUCCUGCCCUUCAAAUAUGCCUUGGAGGCGUCCGACAGGGAAGCCCUGACCAACGUGACCAGGUGGUUUCUGACCUGUGUCAACCAGCCCCAGUUCGUCAAGGUUCUGGGACAGAUCUCCCUGUGUGAGAAGAUGGUGCCAGUCAUCUCCAAGCCCGGCGCUGCUCCGGUUCCACCUCCCGCCGUUGCUUCCAAAACCAGCCCAACUGCUGAUGCUGCCGAUGAGAAACCAAAGACAGAAGCUCAACUGAAGAAGGAAGCUAAGAACCGAGAGAAGCUGGAGAAGUUCCAAAAGAAGAAGGAGAUGGAGGAGAAGAAAAAGCAAGAAAAGAAACUAGCACCCCCGACAGAGAAAAAGGCCAAACCAGAGAAGAAGGAGCUGGGAACGAUCUCCUAUGACGUCCCCACCCCUCCAGGAGAGAAAAAAGACGUGCUGAGGCCUCUGCCAGAUUCCUACAGUCCUCAGUAUGUGGAGGCAGCCUGGUACCCUUGGUGGGAAAAACAGGGCUAUUUCAAGCCUGAGCACGGGCGGAAGAGUGUCAGUGAGCCGAACCCCCGUGGAGUCUUCAUGAUGUGUAUCCCUCCGCCCAAUGUGACCGGAUCCCUUCACUUAGGCCACGCCCUAACCAACGCCAUACAGGACUGCCUGACUAGAUGGCAUCGCAUGCGCGGCGAGACCACCCUGUGGAACCCGGGCUGUGACCACGCGGGCAUCGCCACCCAGGUGGUGGUGGAGAAGAAGCUGAUGAGGGAGAGGGGCAUGAGCCGACACGACCUGGGCAGGGACCAGUUCAUCCAGGAGGUCUGGAAGUGGAAGAACGAGAAGGGAGAUCGCAUCUACCACCAGCUGAAGAAGCUGGGCUCCUCGCUGGACUGGGACCGAGCCUGCUUCACCAUGGACCCGAAACUGUCCUACGCAGUGCAGGAGGCGUUCAUUCGCCUGCAUGAGGACGGUGUGAUCUACCGGAGCAAGAGACUGGUAAACUGGUCCUGUACCCUGAACUCUGCCAUCUCCGAUAUAGAGGUGGAUAAGCGGGAGUUGACUGGGCGGACCCUCCUGCCGGUGCCUGGUUACAAGGACAAGGUGGAGUUUGGAGUCCUGGUUUCUUUCGCUUACAAGAUAGAGGGAUCAGAUGAGGAGGUGAUUGUGGCCACCACUCGUAUUGAGACCAUGUUGGGAGACACUGCCGUUGCCGUGCACCCUGCGGAUCCCAGAUACCAGCACCUGAAAGGGAAGAUGGUGGUGCAUCCUUUCUGUGACCGGAAGAUGCCCGUGGUGUUUGACGACUUUGUGGAUGUGAGCUUCGGAACAGGUGCGGUGAAGAUCACCCCAGCCCAUGACCAGAAUGAUUAUGAGGUUGGCAACAGGCACAACCUGGCCUUCAUCAACAUCAUGGAUGAGAAUGGCCUGCUCAUCAACGUUCCCCCUCCGUUCCUGGGUAUGAAGCGUUUUGAGGCGAGGAAGGCUGUGCUGCAGGCUCUGAAGGACCUGGGGCAGUUUAAGGAGAUCAAAGACAACCCCAUGGUGGUCCCUGUCUGCAGUCGUUCUAAGGACAUCGUGGAGCCCCUGCUCAAGCCUCAGUGGUAUGUGGACUGUGCUGACAUGGGCAAGCAGGCUGCAGACGCCGUCCGGGAGGGACGACUCAAAAUCAUCCCUGACCACCACCUUAAGACCUGGUUCAACUGGAUGGAUAACAUCAGGGACUGGUGUAUCUCCCGUCAGCUGUGGUGGGGUCACAGGAUCCCAGCCUACUUUGUCACUGUUAAUGACCCUUCAGUCAAACCAGGAGAAGACAUGGAUGGUCACUACUGGGUGAGUGGAAGGACAGAGGACGAGGCCAAAGAGAAGGCCGCCAAGCGCUUCAACAUCUCGACGGACAAGAUCACCCUCAGACAGGAUGAGGAUGUUCUGGACACCUGGUUUUCCUCCGGUAUUUUUCCCUUCUCUAUCUUCGGCUGGCCCAACGAGACACAGGACCUGAGUGUGUUCUACCCGGGGACGCUCCUGGAGACCGGUCAUGACAUCCUGUUCUUCUGGGUGGCACGCAUGGUGAUGAUGGGCCUCAAGCUCACUGGCCAGCUGCCCUUCAAAGAGGUGUAUCUGCAUGCGGUGGUGCGGGACGCCCACGGGAGGAAGAUGAGUAAGUCUCUGGGGAAUGUCAUCGACCCUCUGGACGUCAUCACGGGUAUCUCUCUGGAGGGUCUGUAUGCCCAGCUGAAUGACAGUAACCUGGACCCGGUGGAGGUAGAGAAGGCCAAGCAGGGACAGAAGUCCGACUACCCCUCUGGCAUCCCUGAGUGUGGCACAGACGCCCUCCGCUUUGCCCUGUGUGCCUACACCAGCCAAGGCAGGGACAUUAACCUGGAUGUGAAUCGUAUUCUUGGUUACCGUCACUUCUGUAACAAGCUGUGGAAUGCUGUGAAGUUUGCCAUGAGGUCUCUGGGAGACAGCUUUGUUCCUUCAGAGAAAGCCCAGCUGUCAGGACAGGAGGGUGUCUCUGACCGGUGGGUUCUGUCCCGGCUGUGUGCUGCUGUGGGUUUGUGUAAUGCAGGUUUCCAGGCCUACGACUUCCCAGCCAUCACCACAGCCAUCUACAACUUCUGGCUCUACGAGCUCUGUGACGUCUAUCUGGAGUGUGUGAAGCCAGUGUUCUCCAGGGCGGAGGAGGACAGCGUUUCUCAGAGCCAGGCUGCAGUCUGCAGACAGACUCUGUACACCUGCCUGGAGACCGGCCUGCGUCUCCUUGCUCCCAUAAUGCCCUUUGUGGGUGAGGAGCUCUACCAGAGGUUGCCACGGCGACAGUCCCAGGACGCCAGUGCUAGUAUCCAUGUGACGUCCUACCCUGAGACGGCUGAGUUCUGCUGGCACAGCGAGGAGGUGGACCGGCAGAUGGACUUUGUGAUGACCGUGGUCCGGACCAUCCGGUCACUCAGGGCGGACUACAACCUGACCAAGACCCGGGCUGACUGCUACCUCCAGUGUAUAGACAGUGAGACUGUGACCCUGGUGGAGCAGUACAGUCUGCAGAUCCAGACCCUGUCCCUGUCCCAGACCGUUCAGCCUGUCCCGGCCACUGGGGCCGUCCCAGAGGGCUGUGCUGUGGCCAUCGCCUCUGACAGGUGCACAGUCAACCUCAUGCUGAAGGGUCUGAUAGACUUGGAGAAGGAGGUGGCCAAACUGACUGUAAAAAAGGGAGAGCUGGAAAAACAGAUGGAGAAACUCAGGGAGAGGAUGGAGAAGAGUGACUACAAGGAGAAGGUGCCUGUCAAAGUACAGGAGCUGGAUGCUGAGAAGCUGCGACAAAGCCAGACAGAGCUGGAGAAAGCAAAGGAAGCCAUAGACAACUUCAUGAGAAUGAUGUAACCUCUUUCACCCCCGUCCCCUUUUACAGUGUGGUUUGGACAAUUUCUUAAGGUAUCUCACCCUCCUGUUAUUUUAUGUCAGUCUUAUGUCCCUUUCCAGGAUGGAUUGUCUGGGGACAAGUGAAUAAACACAUUAGUCUGGUUA